CCCAAUCCCUCUCUCUCUCUCUCUCUCUCUCUCUCUGUGAUCCCCUCACCAAGUCCAUCAUCGUCUCCGCCUCGGAGGGGAGAGAGCUCUGAUUCCAUGGAAAUUGAUGCAGCCCAUUAGAGGACCUCGGAUGGAUGGUCGGCCGCCGCUCGCGGUGUCUCCGCGCCGCCUUCGUCCCCGCCGACCGCCGCCGGGUUCCUACUCUCUAUCAUCCCGAGCGCACUCAGCCACCGCUAAGAAGCCGCCACUCUCGAACCGCUCCUCGGUGCCCACGGGAUCGCCGGUCCGGCCAGAACGCCCGCUGAUCUCGCCGGAUCUGGCAGAGGUCUCGGAGCCCGCAGAGGAAGAACUCGGAAGCUGGGGCGACGUGUAUGCUGCCGCCACAGUGUCCCUCGAGGCCAGUAACGGGAGCCCGUUGUUCGAACGGGGGCGGUUCUACCAGCUUUACUCGGCGCGGAGGAACGAGCGGCUCAAGCGGAAGAAGGGAGAGAUCUGGGGGGAGGAGGCCGUGGCGGAGGACCCCGGGGUCGCGGUAGAGCUCGCGAAGAGGAGGGUGUCGAAGAAGGCCGAGGGGGUGCGGAAGUCGAUGCCGGCGGACUUCUCGGCGAGCCGCGUGAGCAGCUUGCGGUCGUCGCUGAGGUGCAGCAAGGAGAUGAAGAAUAAGAAUGGGUACGCCGCUGUUGCGGAGGGUACGGCUGUUGGUGGGAGGAGAACGAGCACUCGAUCGGUACGCAGGCUAUGAGUUGCGAUUCGACGCAGGGGUUUUAGAUUAUUAAUGCCUUGGUGGUAACUCGGUUUUGAAUUUUUUUCUCUUAUUUUCCCCAAUUUAUGUGGUUAACAAAAGGCAACAAGCACAGGAAGCAAACAAUUCGAAAAGAAUGCUUUAAUUAUUUUUCCUUUUUCU